CAUAAACGGUAGAAAGCUGCCCCUGGACGCCCGUUACAAUCGUUCGUUACUGGGCCGCCCUAGUUCGUUCGUUAGUUUGUUCGGUCGCACGCAAACAGGGGAAGAACAGCGAGGAAAAGCGAUAAAUAUUAUAACCGUGUGUGUGCGUGCUUUUCUUUGGCUCAAACGGAAGAAGCGGAAGCAGAAAAGAGAGAAAGAUUUUCCCAAGUUUUUGCAAAGGAACGGUAUUGUGUUGCCAUCGCCGAAAGGGGAGAAGAUUUUAUGCUAUUUGUGCUUUUUUACACUUCUGUCGUGCAAAAAAAAGAAGUGAAUCUGAAGCGUUGAAACGUUGAUGCGAUCACUGAUAGCGGACCACCCAGCAAUGUCGUGGAAAGCGCGUAAUGUGAAAAGGAUUUUCCCACUCCGGAAGUGUUUGUGGAUUGGCAGCCUGUUGCUGUUGAGCACUGGGCCGGGCCUACCGCCCGUAGAAGGGAAAGCAACCGUAGAGCAGAUGAUGAAGUCGGGUGAAAUGAUACGGUCGGUUUGCCUGGGAAAAACCAAAGUCGCCGAGGAGCUGGUGAACGGAUUGCGCGAGUCCAAGUUCGCGGACGUUAAGGAGCUUAAGUGUUACGUAAACUGCGUAAUGGAAAUGAUGCAAACGAUGAAGAAGGGAAAACUUAACUACGACGCAUCGGUGAAGCAGAUCGACACAAUCAUGCCGGACGAGCUGGCGGGCCCGAUGCGGGCGGCGCUCGACAUUUGCCGCACUGUGGCGGACGGCAUUAAGAACAAUUGCGAUGCAGCGUACGUUUUGCUUCAGUGCCUGUCGAAAAACAAUCCUAAAUUUAUUUUCCCGUAGCUGAUGGCAAACAACACUUGUCGGUUAGGUUGCAUUACGUUGGUACGUUAGUCGCCUCGGCGGUAUGAACAUGUUACUUUUUCACUGAAUGUGAAUUAUUGCAACAAGUCAGUGGUGUCCUGUACAAAUUUUGGUGUCCUUAUUAUACGCGAAUAAAUAUUUUCAAUA